AUGAGGAUAUUCAUAUUGUCCGCAUGGCAAACAGAGGAAGGCGAAGUGAGGAUCAAUGGAAUUGACUUCAAUGAAACGUUGGGGGGCAACAGUUUCACAGAUACAAAGGACUGGAAGCCCAUGUUAUCGGAGUGGAAUGCCUAUGUUGGAGAAGAGUUCGUCGACCGGAAUGAUGACGAGGAUGGCAAUGAGGAGGGGGAAGCAAAGGAGAGCAGGAAGCAAAGGAGAAGGAAGGAGGAAUUCGCAUUGGAGAUGGAUACCUAUGGACUUCCGAUCAUACCAGAUAUUGAGUGCCUUAACCCAGAGAACAAAAAGUCUCUUAUCCGGACAUUCCUCACAAAACACUACAGUAUUUUGCAGGGUUUUGCAGUCAAAGCCAAAGGCAGUCUGUUCCUUGAUCUGCAGAAGAUCAAGGACCUGUCAAAGCUUCAGUUACAUGAAGCCAAUCAGCUCUUAGAGUUCCGGCAUCAGAGACAAAAGGACAAGGUUCAGCCAACAUUUGAAUUCAAAGGCUGGCAAGACCAUGAUAAGGAGGUGAGAGAACUGGUGGAGAAGAUCUCCAGAAGACCAACCGGGAAGUCAACCGGAAAGUCAUCUAGGAAGUCGACCAGGAAGUUGACCAGGAAGUCGACCAGGAAGUCGACCGGAAAGUCAUCUGGGAAGUCGAUUGGAAGGGUGGAACAGGAGUCAGGCAGUGAGGGUGAGGAUGGUGAUGAAGACGAAGGUGAUGAAACUGGAAAGUCGACCGGAAAGUCAUCUAGCAGUGAGGGUGAGGAUGGUGAUGAAGACGAAGGCGAUGAAACCAGAAAGUUGACUGGAAAGUCAUGUGGGAAGCCGACCAGAAGGGCUGAACAGGAGUCAAGCAGUGGGGGUGAGAAUGGUGAUGAAGACAGAAGGUGA